AUACGUGAUUCCCUACAUACCUAUCUGAAGGGGAGUCGAGUAGUGUUAAAAAAUAUUGCAUUAAUAAUCAAUGUUGUGAAAUCAUGGUAGUUAAAACCCAUCAUAUUUUUGUGACAAUUUGCCUAAAAAAUAUGUAUAUCCCGGAAUUUUAGUUGUAAAAGCUACAGGUAUACAUUUAUAUUCAUCGCUUGCUUUUAGAAAUCUGGCAUAGGGUGCUGUAGUAGUGAUGCACACCCAAACUGUUGCCACUUGUCCAAAGCUUUAAACUAUUUUUUUUGUACAGUUUAUAAUAGUAACGUUCUGCAUAAUAAGAUCAAUUUGAUCGUAGAGGCUCGUACCGGUUCAGAUAUAGCAUCCGCGUUCGGAUGAUCAAAAACUCGUGGUCGCCAAUUCAAAAUGACUCUGGUCUUCGGGAACAAUAAUGGCCCCUGAAUUUCAUAUUAUAACUGAUUUCACUGGCGUUUCAAAUCAAUCGUCAAGUCUUAGAAAAGGUUGAAUGUCGGUGACAACUGUACGGUACACUUAACAAAUUGACGUCAGGUUUUCAUGCGUCAGUCUUGACAGUGAUCAUAAAUUUCGUCAUAACAUUGUCAAAGUAGGAGUGGAUCUGAAGACUACUUUGAAAAUGUGAUGGGGAAAUUCAUUGUCCAUAACAGGACAUACUCAUGAAAAACUGGCGUCAACUUGUUUUUUUACAAUAAGAAAUCGUCAAAUUGCCCGCUCUCGCUCGUCGCAUCAACAUCGCUUAAAUUAUAAAUUCAUAUGUCCGUCCGCUUAUUGACAAUGGAAAUUAGCCAAUGAUCAUGAGCGCGCUAGAAUUUCUGCAGUUAUUAUAAAAAUUCAGAUCGCUGCUCUUUCCACGGUCGGCCAUUUUGAAUUAGAUCCAAAGUACAAGUUUGAAAUUCGGAGUUUGAAAUUGUCUUGUGUAUUAAAAUCAAACUAAAGACAUUUUAAUACGAUUCUUUGCUAUUGCAUGUUGUGUUGUUAAACUCUCGAUUACUAGAGUUUUUAGCAGCUCCCAUAGGUAACAGGCUGUUGAGAUCUAGAAGCAUUGCCGGAAAUAGAUCUGUUUUUUACGAUCGAUCAGUAAACUUGGAGCUCUUACUUGUAUGAAGAUCUUCCUGUAACUGUACAAGUUUAUCAACCAUUAAAAAACGCUCUGUGGUGAGAAAUCGUGCGAAUAGAAAAACUCCGUACUCUUAGAGCUAGAUAGAACUGAACAUAUAAUUAGCACUGGGCUCAGUGUUGACGCAAAUAUGGCACUAACAAAGAGAAUUUACAUUUGAUAAUCGAAAUAAACCUGUGAUUUUACUUU